CUCCCGUUGUCUUACGUGUUUCGAUUAAAGAUGAUUUUAUUAAUGGUUAUUUUAUUCCAAAGGGAACUAUGGUAAUUAUCCCAAUAAACACAAUACAUAAAUUACCAUCAAUUUGGGGCCCAGAUUCAAAUGAAUUCAAACCUUCUAGAUGGCUUGAUCCAAGCAUCUCAAAAAUAAAUUCCAAUUAUUCAUGGAUACCAUUCUCAACCGGAGCACGAGGUUGUAUUGCUUAUAAAAUGGCUUUGAAUGAAAUAAAAGUGAUAUUAGCAAUUUUGAUCAGGAACUUUGAAUUUAGGGAUGAAGGAAAAGUGAUUAAAAAGAAAUUUAAUAUAAUAAUAAGGCCAGAUCCUGGUAUCCAACCUUGGGUAAAGAAAGUGAAUACAAAUUGA